AAAAUCCUCUCCUUCCCACUCUAUUCUCACUCUCAAUUUCUGCAAACGCUCCACUUUUCUCCGCUCCCCUCCAGCAAGGGCAGCUCCUCUACCACCAUGCAACCAUGCGCCGAUGAUGCAUCCGACGAUCCCGACAAUCUCAGCUUCACUUCCACCACCACCGUUACCAAUGCACAAGAACUGAAACGUAGUGCAAGCUCAGGCUCAGAAGCCACAACUUGGACAAGUACAACAACAAUCUCAAGCACAACCUCCUCCUCUACCACCACCGCCAAACAACAACACGCGCCGCCAUGCAAAGACCAGUACUGGCAUGCAAUUCACCGCGCAACCUCUACAAACCCUAAUGCACUCACGUUAAGCGACCUCCGCUUCGUCCACCGCCUCGGAAGCGGCGACAUCGGCAGCGUAUACCUCGUGGAGCUCAAGCACGCAGCCACCGGCUGCCUGUUCGCCGCUAAAGUCAUGGACAAGAAAGAGGUCGUGAGUCGAAACAAAGAAAAUAGGGCGAGGAUAGAAAGGGAAAUUCUGGAAAUGAUCGAUCAUCCUUUCUUGCCAACUCUGUAUGCCACGUUGGAUUGUCCACGGUGGUCGUGCCUGUUGACUGAGUUCUGUCCCGGCGGUGAUCUGCAUGUUCUCCGCCAACGGCAGCCGGAGAAAAGAUUCUCAGAAUCCGCAGUCAGGUUUUAUGCUUCAGAAGUAGUUGUUGCUCUGGAGUACCUACACAUGAUGGGGAUAGUUUACCGUGAUCUGAAGCCUGAAAAUGUACUCGUAAGAUCUGACGGUCACAUCAUGUUGACAGAUUUUGAUCUCUCUUUAAAAAGUGAAGACUCAACAUCCACGGUUCAGGUUGUUUCUGAUCAUAACCCGCCAAUCAACGAUCAACUUAUUGAUUAUCCUGUCGAUCCAUCUCCAUAUAACAAUUCUUCAUGCAUCAUACCCAAUUGCAUGGUGCCAGUUGUCUCAUGUUUUCACCCAAAACGUAAUAAACGAAAAAAGAGAUUAAGAAACCGUGGGAGCCUUGAAAUAAUUGCUGAGCCAGUUGAUGUAAGAUCAAUGUCUUUUGUUGGAACCCAUGAGUAUCUAGCCCCAGAGAUUGUAUCAAGUGAAGGUCACGGUAAUGCAGUGGAUUGGUGGACAUUGGGAAUAUUCAUAUUUGAAAUGUUCUAUGGAACAACACCAUUUAAGGGUACUGACCAUGAGUUAACCUUGGCUAAUAUUGUGGCUCGAGCCCUCGAGUUCCCUAAAGAACCAUCUGUGCCUGGACCUGCCAAGGACUUGAUCACACAACUUCUUGUAAAAGACUCAAACAAGCGAAUGGGAUCCAUUAUGGGGGCUGCAUCCAUCAAGCAUCAUCAAUUUUUCAACGGGGUCAAUUGGGCACUGUUGAGAUGUGCGAAACCGCCAUAUGUCCCCCGACCAGCUGCAUAUCAAGAUUUUGUUGCUACCAAAACUAGUACUGAUAAUUCUAUUGAGUAUUUCUAGCAUAAAGAAAUUUCAAAUUCAAAGACAAUAACACUUAUAAGUGAAUUCGUUGAAGAAUGGAAAAAUUAUAUUUGAAAAUAUAAACAUUCUUAGAUGCA